GGGCGAUGACUGGCGCUUUUGGGAGUCUGAAGGGUCUCCAGACUCUGGGAAUCCUGGAUGCCGUCAGCUACAUCACUGGGGUCUCAGGGGCCACAUGGGCGAUGUCCACCUUGUAUGAGAAGCCUGAUUGGUCUCAAAAGGACUUGGCCGUAGUCACUGAACCAAUAAAGAAGGAGAUGUUUGGGAGGUACCAGAGCAUUUUCUCUAAUGAACAGCACUAUUACUACAAACAAGAGAUGGAGCAAAGGGAGGCAGACGGCCUGCCGGUGUCCCUCAUUGACCUGUGGGGUCUGUUCAUCGAACACCUUAUCUAUGGGAAGAAAUGUGACAGUACCCUCUCUGACCAGAAGAGGGCGGUGUCAGAGGGACAGAAUCCUCUGCCCAUCUACACAGCAGUGAACAUGAAGACCUGCCUGAAAGGCGGCCUCAAAGAGACUGAGUGGUGUGAAUUUACGCCGUAUGAAGUUGGUCUUCUGAAGUACGGUGCAUUUGUACCCACUGAGGACUUUGGUAGUGAGUACUUCCAGGGUAAACAGAUCAAGAAACUUCCGGAGACUCGAUUGUCCUUCCUGAUUGGUAUCUGGAGUAGUGCAUUCUCUGUUAGCUUCACCCAGUUGUGGAGCUUUGUCACAGGACAUACCCCAUCAUGGAACCCCAUUCGUGAAACCAUAACUGACAUAGAGACAGACACCGACCCGUCCACACUGGACACGCUCCUGAUCAAACCAGCCACUAUGACUUCAAAGGUGAUCACAGAAUUCUUCAGCAGCCGGCCAAUCGUCAGCCAGGUGUACAACUUCAUGCAUGGCCUCAGUCUCCACUGGGACUACAACAAGAAGAGCAGUUUCACAGACGAGAAAGACACGCAUCCUGAUGCCUUUCCGAACCAGCUGACGCCAGGGGACCCCAUCCUGGAUCUGGUGGACUCGGGGUUGGCCUGUAACUUGGGGUUCCCCCCUUUGCUGCGACCCCACAGACGUAUGGACCUCAUCCUGUCCCUCAACUGCUCCUGGGAUUCAGACCAGUUUAUGGUGUUGAAGCAAACCCAGCAGCACUGCACUGAUCACAGGAUCCCGUUCCCUGACAUCGAUUUCAGCCGUGUGGGGAAAGAGGCCAUGAAGGAGGUGUACGUGUUUGAGGACGAGAAGAACCCCAAAGCUCCCAUUGUGGUUCACUUCCCUCUGGCCAACCUCACCUUCAGAGAGUUCAAAUCCCCAGGGGUCAAACGAGAGGGGAAAGAUGAACUGAAACAAGGAGACUUGGAUGUCAGCUCUAAAGACUCGCCAUAUCGUACUAGGAACAUGGCCUACCAGCCCGAGGACUUCCAGAAGCUGAUGGACCUCACUUGCUACAACGUCCUGAACAACCGCGACACCUUGCUGUCAGCUCUGCGCAGGGCGCUACAGAGAGAGAGAGUCCAUGAAGAUGAGGACGAACACGAACACAAAGACCACUGCUGUCCCUGAAUAGAUCCCUCCAAAGAACAAAUGCAAUGCCAAAUAUGUAAGGGGAAAAAAACUGAAAAUGAUUAGUAAAGGUGCCAUGACAAGGUGAUAAAUGUGGUAGUUUGCCAUUUGGUUUUGUGAAAGGUUUUUGAUAUUUAAAAUGAACAGACAAAUUACACCUCUCCCUUCCAUGCUGUUGAUUGGCUAGGAUUGUUUAUGGCUCGGUUCAAGCCGGUUUGUUUCCCCAUUUAUAGAGCCAUAGCUGUGUUCCAACACCAGAGUUGUUUUUGAGAGCAAACACUGAACGCACAGCCAGAAGACCGUGAGGAACCAUUCUCUGAAUUUGCCAAAGGUGUAUGGGAUCACAAUAGUAGACUGCACCUUUAACACACAGAUGUA